AAGCUCGGCAGCUUUCCUCUUGAAGCCUCCGGGGGUGAAGCAGUACACACAGAGACACACGCAUCCAACACAACCACCAGGAGGGAGCUCGAGAAUUGCGACUGCUCGGCUGUUUUCGCUUUUCGUCUUGGUUUUAUUUUAUGAGAAAUAAAACCAAGAACUCCUCUCAGGCAGAGAUCCUGGACAGCUGCUGACAUCCAUUAUUACCUGGAGAUAAAAAGUGCCCCAGAGUUGUCGAAGUCACCGCAUUGUGCUCGGUGAAGGGCCUCAUCAUGGCCGCUCAUCGGAUCAGAGCCAACAACAAUACUUCUCUUCCUCGCUGCAAAUCGGAGGGGACACUCAUCGAUCUCAGUGAGGGAGUGUCAGAGGCUAGUCUGACAGAUGUCAAAGUGCCUUCUCCUAGUGCCUUACGACUGGAUACCACUGCUUCAUUUGGUGCUGCCAGGGAAGUUGUUGCCAUAAAGGACUACUGCCCAUCCAGCUUCACCACUCUCAAGUUCUCCAAGGGCGACCUCCUCUACGUUCUUGACUCAUCUGGGGGAGAGUGGUGGUAUGCUCACAACAAUACAGAGAUGGGUUACAUCCCCGCAGCCUAUGUGGAACCCAUCAACUACAGAGACUCAUCCUUCAGCGACAGCGGGAUGAUAGACACAAUAUCAGACUGUAACGAGGAGGGAGCUAAAGAAAUGGACCUGUUAGGAGAGUGGACAGGAGAAAUUCUAAAACCGACCACUUUUCAAAAUGGAAAUCCUUUUGCAGCAACCCAUAGCUCUACAAAUCCUUUUCUAAACAGGGGUGCUCAGAGUUCCUUUGAUCAGACAAUAAAAGAGAAAUCAGUUGACCUUCUUCUGUUUGAUACGGUCUCUUCUUCUGGCCCUAAUUCUACCAGAAACACUGGAGACCAUGGUUUUUCCAGCUACGUCUUUAGUUUGAACACUCUUAGUCCCACUGUGGUUGUGGGGCAAACAUUUCAAAGAGACAACCCGUUUUUUAGAAGCAAGCGUUCCUACAGCCUGUCUGAACUGUCCAUCCUUCAGGCUCAGACAGAAAUUCCUCAAGCCUCCAACAGUUUCUUCAGAGGUCUCACAGCGCCUGCACCCGAGCAGUUCCAGACCAGGGAGGACUUCCGUGCAGCGUGGCUCACCCAUCGCAAGUUGGCCAGGUCCUGCCAUGACCUGGAUUCACUGGGUCAGAACCCAGGCUGGGGUCAAACACAGCCAGUAGAAACCAACAUUGUCUGUCGCCUGGACAGCUCAGGAGGAGCAGUGCAGCUUCCAGACACCAACAUUAGCGUCCUUGUACCUGAGGGCCAUGUGGCAGCAGGGGACACACAACAAAUCUCAAUCAAAGCUCUGCUCGACUCACCACUUGAACUGAACAGUGAUCGCUGUACCACUGUCAGCCCUGUGGUAGAGAUCAAACUCAGCAACAUGGAGACAAAAACCACCAUCACCCUGGAGAUGAAAGUGUCCGUUGUUGUAAAAAUGGAAAACAGACAGACGACAGCAGUCUUAUGUGUGAGGAGUGAUUGUAAAGAGGGGCCAUAUACCCCCAUCCCUCAGGCCUACAUCUAUGGGGACACAGUUCAGGUGGGCCUGGAUAACCUUGAGCCAUGCAUGUAUGUAUGUGUGGUUACCCAGGCCCUGUUUGUACUACCUGAAACCACAGUCUGGGAGCAUGUUGUUAAAAAGAUUACCUUAGGAGUUUAUGGACCAAAACACAUCCACCCAUCCUUCAAAACUGUGGUGGCCAUGUUUGGCCAUGAAUGUGCUCCAAAGACCCUGUUGGUGAACGAGGUGGGUAAACAGGCACAGUCUGCACCACCAGUUGCCCUGCAGCUUUGGGGCAAACAUCAAUUUGUCCUGUCGAAACCUCAAGACCUCCAUGUUGAGAUUUACUCCAACAUGGCUAACUAUGAGGUAAAAGCCAGUGAGCAGGCCAGAGUGGUCCGGGGCUUCCAGGUUAGAUUAGGCAAAGUCAGCAGGCUGAUCUACAUGAUUUCCACUCGGAAUGCUGAAGAUGUUUCAGAUUUCACUCUAAGAAUCCAAGUGAAAGAUGACCAAGAUUGUAUCCUUGCUCAGUUUUGUGUCCAAACACCAACACCGCCACCUAAAGCAGGUCCAAAGACAUCAGUGCAGCGGCGAUUCCUGAAGAAGAAGGAGUUAGGGAAAAUAGUUUUGUCUCCUCUUGCUGUUGCAACCAAAUACCCUGUUUUCCAGGACAGGAAAAUAAACAACCUAAAGUUUGGGAAAUUAAUCAAAACUGUAAUCAGGCAAAUGAAAAACCAGUACUUGCUUGAAUACAAAAAAGGAGACUUUGUAGCCCUUCUGAGUGAGGAGAUGAUCAAGCUGAAGGGCCAGUUGUGGACAAAAGAGUGGUACAUUGGGUAUUAUCAGGGCAAAAUAGGGCUUGUUCAUGCUAAGAAUGUUCUGAUAGUUGGCAAGAUAAAGCCCACUAAUAUCAGCGGGCCUGAACUUACAACCUCAUUGUUACUGGAGCAAAUACUGAAGCCCUGCAAGUUCCUCACAUACAUCUAUGCCUCAGUAAGAACUAUACUGAUGGAGAACAUCGGCAACUGGCGAGUUUUUGCGGAUGCUCUUGGAUACGUCAACCUGCCCCUGACGCAUUUCUGCCGCACAGAGCUAGACAGUGAGCCAGAGAGGGUGGCGUCGGUCCUGGAGAGGCUAAAGGAAGACUGCAACAAUGCAGAAAGCAAAGAGAGGAAGUCCUUCCAGAAAGAACUCCUGACUGCUUUGCUGAAGAUGGAUUGUCAGGGUCUUGUGGCCAGACUUGUCAUGGACUUUGUCCUCCUGACCACUGCCGUGGAGGUGGCCGGACGAUGGAGGGACCUAGCCGAGAAGCUGACCAAGAUUUCCCGCCAACAGAUGGACGCCUAUGAGGCACCGCACCGUGACAAGCAUGGCGUAGUGGACAGUGAAGCCAUGUGGAAGCCAGCGUAUGACUUCCUGGUCACGUGGGCUGCUCAGAUCGGUGACAGCUAUAGGGACGUGAUCCAGGAGCUCCACAUGGGCCUGGACAAGAUGAAGAGCCCCAUCACCAAACGCUGGAAGCACCCUACCGGCACGCUAAUCCUGGUCAACUGCCUGGACAUCCUGCGGAGCUCCGCCUUCAGCCCCGCUUCUCAGGAUGACAAUCCCUUCUGAGUUUGAGCUGCACAUCAACUGACUGCUCCUGAAUGCCUGUAUUUUCUGUUCAUUGCCUGGUGGAACCCAAACAGACUUCUCCUAAGGUCUCCCUAGGACACACAUGGAGCUCACUUGAACUAUAGAGAAUAAUAUGUUGCACAUGUAAGUAUUUUUCUACUCUAGUUUUUAGCACAGUCUUUUUGUAGAGCAACACUUUAAAACCUUUGAUUAAGAACUGUGUAUCAAACUGAAGGAUUACUUUUUCAAACUAAAAGACUUUUUGUUAGAUCUGUGUUACAGUCUCACUCUGUUUUUUAUAUGUACAUGAAACCAUAAUGAACUUUUUCUACCAUGGUCCUUCUUACUUCAGACCUCCAGAUAUUCAGCAUCACUCUGUCUUGUUGGCAUUGAAGACGAAAAGAUAUUAAAUCAAGGUUAAUAAAUGAUUUAUUCAUU